AGCCUGUGUGGUAUAACGCCAUACAGUAUAGCCUUUGCUGUCACCAGUAUUGGGUUUGUGGACUGUGUCUUUGGUCAUUUUUGAUUGUGCACGCUCAAUUUGUGCUCCCACUGCAAAUAAAGCUCCCUUUGGGAUAAUAAAGUUAAACAACCAGUUCAUACAAUGUCAGGUAAAUGAUGUUGUUAAAUAACACUCAGUAUAAGAAAAUAUAGGCCAGUGGCAUUACUACAGAAACACAAACACACAAUAAAUCUUAAUAUCCAGUGGUGGAAAGUAACAUAAUACAUUUAUUCCGGUUCAUGUCUGAGGUAGGCUACUUAUAAUUAAAAAAAUAAUUAUAUAAAUUGUAUAUAAAUCCUUUUUUAUUAGCUUAUUUAAUACUUCUACUCUACUACAUUUCAGAGGAAAACGUUAGGAAUUACUUUGUAGCAACUGUUUACAUACUAAACAAGUUAGGGUGACAGUUUGCCCUGUAUAGCUUGAAACCAUAGUGAGAGUAGGCUACUCCUGUUUUAAAUAGGCCUAUGCAGGAGCCCUACUUCCCUCAAAGCCUUCUGUCCUCUGUUUAUUUGGACUGUCUUUUUCUCUUUUUAAUGCAGCCUGGCUCCUGUUGUGAGGCGAGCACCUCGGCACUGACGUCAUUAAUGGAUUACUCUUUAUUUAUUCCUUUCCCCCACAGCUCCACGCGCGACUGACGCGCCUGUCAGAAGUGGGUCGGCUCAGCAUUAGCGGGUGUGAAGGCUGUAGUCUGCAUGCUGGUUCAGUAACAAGGUUGUUUGUCUGCCUGUAGUGCAUGCUUGGAGUCUGUCUCAUUCAAACUACAGUGGGUGAGCUUACCUUCCUGUCAGCCCUCCUACCUUCCCCCUUGAUAUUGUCCUCUUGUCCUUAUCUCACCACCUGGAAGCUCUCCACCUGCACACCAUGGCAGACACCCCAGCAUCCACCUUCACUGAGGAUGGUUUGCCUGUGCAAUGGAAAGUUUCCAAUCGACGCAGCAGGAAGACUGGAUGCUCCAAUAUCUUUUCUGGGGUCAACCUGCACCAACUGCACAGGCUGUUCAGAACAGCAGGAGACAGAGACGCUGAACAUCGGGCGAAGCUGGUGUGGCGAGGAAUGGAUGCAGAUAUUGACGGAGCAGAGGAGAAGGGGGAGGAGGAAGGGGAGGAGAGACAGGUUGAGGCAGGGCUCGCCCAGGCCAUGGUGGGGCUCAGAGUCAGAACGAGGAAUAAAGCAGGGAUCAGAGUGGAAGGACACAGAGACCACAAGUGGCUCAGAGCAUCAGGAUAUCUCAGGAUUGAGGAGCCUUUGUCCAACUACACUGUUGAGGAUGAGGAGGCUGACCCAGUGUCAAGUCCAGGAGAAUUCCUGUUGCCCACUGAAGAGGACGUCCCAGAGAACCAAAAUCCAUUCAAACCCUCCUCAUGGAGGUUGGGUGUGGCAAGGCAGGACAGUGCUAGGGACUCUGAACGCUACCUUCACCGCAUCCUCCACUGAAAGCUAAAUGGAGUUGGGAAUAACACAGUGGUAGAAGAUGCAAAGAAGUCAAGAAAUACAGGACUGAUUCUGAAAGGACACAUUGUAUUCCUACUUUUAGCACCUUCUGCUAACAUGUACUUUACAUGUUAGACCUCAGCACAAAGACAUACCAGUGAACUCUGGUAAACCUGCUUGGGGAUUAGUCCAACUAUUAUAAGUUAUUCAAACGCAGGCAUGUUGCCUGUAGAUUAGAACAAUCAACAGAAUGAAACCAGUUGUGUUUUAACAGAAAUGGGCUCGUGUCUAAGCCUGAAAUGAAAUUGCUGAUAUACAUUAUGAGUGCAAUGCAUUUUGAAAGCACAGCAGACAAUGAACUUGCCACAGAGGUCAUGGUAUAUUAUCAUGGUAAAUAAUAUUGUAAUGUUGCAUUAAUGUUUAAAGAGCACUUUAAUGAGAGUAUUUCUGGCCCGACAUGUUAUUACUUUUACUCAGUACUGAAACAUCCAAAUGAAGAUGUCAUCAGUCUUUUUAGGACAGUUGGGUGUAAAUGAGUGGUAAACACAAAACUGAUGUUACCAACUUUCAAGUUGAUAAAGCAAACUUGUUAGCAAACAGUCGCUUAUUUACACAUCUAGCAAACUUGGAGCAACUUUAGCAUUCAGUUGUUUUUCUGUCCACCUAGCGGUUUUAAGUCAGAUAUUCACUCUCUUUUAGCUGUUUUUGGUCUUUACAGACUCCUGAAGGAAAUAUUUGGUUCUUUAAUGUUGCACUUUCUUCACCAGCUAGUUGCUUACUGUGUCUGCCUGCCAUUUGGUGUUGAGCAGGAAGUGUAGUGAAAGUUUUUUCACUAAACAAUGCUGAUGAGAGCUGUGAGGGUGAACCAUUGUUAAUGUAACAUUGUAACAAAUAUUGAUUAUAGCUGCUUAUAGGGCAAGAUUUGAUUGACUGUAAGCACUGAUUGUUGGACUAUUAUGAGCAGUAUCCAUGAACAGAAUAUUGUAAAGCAUUUGAAGUCUGGUUGAAUUUCUCACAUUUGUGUGGUGUGACUGUCUGACGGUAAACUUUUCUCAUUCACAAACACAAGUCAUCUGUAUUAAUGGAAUAUGUUUUAAUUAUAAUCUAUCAUUAAAUAUUACAUACAAAUUAUACAGUGCAUUGUCACAAUACAUUUCAUGUCAGUUCAGUACAGCAGGAAGUUACUUCGAUGUUUACUUAGGUCCACCCCACGAGCCAUAAAGUUAACAGAAAUCAACAUGGCUGAGACAAACAGGAGCUUGUGCACUGGGAAUCACCCCCCCCCCCCCCCCC